GACAGCAACAAUGACAUUGAGGAUGUAUCUCUCUUUGAUGCAGAUGAUGAUGUAUCCAGGAGAUCAAAAAAGUCAAAAAUAAGGCAUCCAGUGGCAUCAUUUUUCCACUUAUUCUUCCGAGUCAGUGCAAUAGUUGUCUAUCUGCUCUGUGAGCUCUUAACUAGCAGCUUUAUUGCCUGCAUGGUGACAAUUAUCCUCCUGUUGUCAUGUGACUUUUGGGCUGUAAAGAAUGUCACAGGGCGAUUGAUGGUUGGCCUUCGCUGGUGGAACCAGGUGGAUGAUGACGGUAGAAGUCACUGGGUAUUUGAAGCCAGGAAGGUAUCAGCGCAAGGGAGUAAAACCUCAUCAGAAGCAGAGUCCCGAAUUUUCUGGUUAGGUCUAAUUACCUGUCCUAUGAUCUGGGUGAUAUUUGCUUUCAGCGCUCUCUUUUCUUUCAAAGUGAAAUGGCUGGCAGUGGUUGUGAUGGGAGUGGUGCUUCAGGGAGCCAACCUUUAUGGUUAUAUCAGGUGUAAAGUUGGCAGUAGAAAGAACUUGACGAGCAUGGCGACCAACUAUCUUGGAAAGCAGUUCUUGCGGCAGACUGUGGCUAAAGAGGACCAAACUGCAUCCUGA